CGCGCCUGCACUUCCUCUUUUAAGAGUUGUGGCAGGCAGGCAAGCAGGCAGCUGCGGCAGCUUGUAGUUAGCUAACUUAGCUAAAGGAGGCUAAAUUGGCUGGCUAACUGGCCUUCGCUCCUGGACGACAAGCGACCCACUUUCACUUCUGAAGACUGCACCACCCGACCAGGUCAUGUCGGAUUUCUCGCUAACAGACGCUUUGGGAGACAGUACCCCAAGCCAGGCCAAACCACAAGGCAACACCAAUCCGACAGCACCAGCAAACAACCCUCCGCCUCCUUCCAACCCCGGAUGGCCCUCGUCCGCCCCCGGAGCUCCAACUCAGCCCUCAGCCCCUUCCGGUUUCUCCAGUGGCACCGGCCCCGGGGCGCCGGGUCAGUUUCCCUUCCCCUCUGGCCCCGGAGCGCCGGGUCACUACCCGGGGCCUCCUACGGCGCCGGGUGGAUUCCCUUCGAAUCCCGGGAUGCCUGGACAAUAUCCUCCGGCGCCAGGGGCUCCGGGGCAGUACCCUGCCAGCCCUGGGGCGCCCGGUCAGUUCCCAGGGCACUACCCGCCUGAAGGAGCACCCGGUCAAUUACCCGGUGGGCCCGUUCCAUACCCAGCUGGACCUUUCCCCUCCGGUCCCGGCGCUCCUCCCGGGUCUUAUCCCAACAUGCCUCUCCCGGGUAACUACCCACCAGGGGGUAACGGCAUGUACGGCCCAGGAGGUCCGGGCAGUUUCCCCCCUUCUGCAGGCCCAGGUGCUUUCCCGGCAUUCCCCCCUGGUGGAGGCUUUCCCCCUAUUCCCGCUGGCUCUUGGGGACCUGGCGGUGGAGGUUUCCCACCGGCACCGGGCCCCUUCGGUCCCGGUCCAGGCCCAAUGGGUCCUUACGACAACCCUGCAGCUCCAGGAGGCAUGCUGAUGGUGCCAUAUGAUCUCCCACUCCAUGCCGGCCUAAUGCCACGUCUCGUCAUCACCAUCGUCGGGGAGCCGGUUCCUGGAGCCAGCAGGUUCCACGUGGACUUCAUGAAGGGCUCAGACGUGAUCUUUCACUUCAACCCUCGCUUCCACGAGCAGACCAUCGUCAGAAAUUCCAGCAUUGGAGGCUGUUGGGGGCCUGAGGAAAGGGGCGGAGUUUUCCCCUUUGUUCAAGGCCAACGCUUUGAGCUGAAGAUCCUGGUCGAGGAGGACGUGUUCAAAGUGGCCGUCGACGGCACCCACCUGCUGGAGUACGAGCACCGCGUGGGCGGCCUGGAGGACGUCACCCUGCUGCGGGUGACGGGCGACGUGGCGCUCUAUAGCGUGGCGCCCAACAUGAUCUGAACGCCACUCACUAGAAGGACGAACUGAAUUUGAACGAGGGGGGAAAAAAAAAAAUACAAAAAACCCUGAGAUAUCCUGCGCGCGUCGCACGCCUUUGGAAUUUGACACACACUCAUUUAGCAGACGCUAUUCUUUUGAAAUAUAAUUUAUCUCAGUAGAAAGCAUAAAAAUAAUGCUUUGCUGUAUACUGACGUUAGAACUGCACUUGUAACAUAAUAGUAUCUAAGGGAGGG